AUGCAUGUAUUGCAGUCGAAAUGUGUAUGGCUAUUGUAUAAAGAGAUAUCUAAACUUAAAGUUCAACUAUGGUUUGCCGAGUGGGAAGACUAUGUUUGGAGGUUGAUUCCAAGAGUAGAUUCAAAUGGGUUUCAACUUCUGGACGGUACAUCAUUGCCCACGGUACAAGUCAGGAGGGACUGGAACUCUGAGACCUGCAUCGCCACGUCCGAAACUGACACCAAAUUCGAUCCCAACCCACUGAAGGAUCUGGUGAGCCAGGCAGCCAACAGAUUUCAAGCUACCAAAUCCAACAGAAAUUCAGAGAAUCAGCUUCCGCAACUCCAGUUUCAGACACUGCGAUUCGGCAACGUUCCGAUUCCAGAACCCCCCGCGAUCUUACAAAAUUCUCGCAAUCCUGCAUGCUGA